ACAGUCUGAGUGGAAGUUUACCUGUGUGAAGGUGGAGGCGGAAACACUGUCGAUUUUCACUAUUGUGACCAGAACAAUCCAUACAUCAUUACAGCAUCAUCACAGGUGAAAAUGCCUCCCAAAAAGCGACCCACGAAAGACAUCAGGUCCUUUUUUAAGAAGACAAAUGACGAUCCUGGCAGCAGCAGCUCAACCAGCACACAGAGAACACCAGGGGGAGCUACAGCCUCUCAGACCUCUAUAGGCUGUCAAGGGAAAGUGAAGGAAGAGAAUGGAUGUGACGCUACGGGUGGACAUUUGCAUCGUUUCACAGUGAAGUUCAGUCGCAAUGACUGUAAAGAAUACACCAUUGAUUGUGAUCAACCUUGCACGGUGCUGGAGGCGAUAAAGUCAAAUGAAAAAUAUAUGAGGAUGAUGAAGUGUGCUAAUGAAAACAUUGUAAUUCAGCUGGGUAAAGAGGAUAGGAAGUCUAUUGUGGCAACACAUUUCCCUUGUUCUUGUAUCAGGGAAGAUGAGUGUCUGAUCAUAUCACAGAAACCAGAAAAGAUCGAAGCAGCCCAAGGCCAACAUUACAAAGUAAUACAUCCAAGAGGCAAAUAUUCUGUCUUCUACAUUGAUAAAGAGGGAGGGGUACACACCAAAACAAAAGAGCUUUUUAGAAGCAAUGCUGUCAAACAGUUCAAGUAUCUCUGUGUUUAUGGAGAGAAGGGGACGACUGUGGAAGAAGCUCUGAAAAGAGACGGUCGCUUCAUUGACGACCUCGGCAAAUUCAAGUUGUCUGACAAUGAGAAUCCAAAUGUCCUCACUGAAUGUACACAAAAGGUUGACAACCUAGAUCAGAAAGCAUUCAAGAUAUGUCUUCCACUGAAUAAGAGAGUAGGUGAUGAAAAACAGCAGGAAAACUCAGGUGCAUCAAACAAUCUACAACAGGAGCGUGAAAUGAGGAGAAUCUCCGAUGUAGCAAAGCAGAGUGGAGUCAGUGUAAAAACAGCACUGGAGAAGUCAGGCAGCAGCAACACAAAGAAGAUUUAUGAGCUACUGCGUCAGCAGUUUCCAGAUCUGAAAAAAUGGAUGGAAGAAAGAUUCACUGGUGAUUCUUAUCAGGAAGAACUGAAGCUGAGGAAGGAAAAUUUUGGGAAGAUCCAACAGUCUUUCAGUGAAGUUCACAGAGUCAGGAAGCUGCUGAAACUGGGCGAGUCAGUUUGUAAGAUUGUUGUUAAGGAUGUUUGUGAGGGAACAGGCUUUGUGCUGUUUGAUAACUUCAUCCUGACCAAUGCUCAUUUAUUUAAAGGUCAUGUUAACGAAAGAAAGUUUCAGGUGGAUACAGAUGUGUUGGCUCUGUUUGACUAUGAAGAGCCUGAGCCUGACAUAAAUUACUAUUAUUUCACUUGUGAGAAAACAUUGAUUGACCUUGAUGUUGAGUUAGAUUAUGCUGUAAUUGAGCUCAACCCUGAGGGCCAGAGACCCAACAAAAAAACAACAAAGAAAAUUAAGGUACCACCAGGGCUGCUGGAGAAAUUUGGUCCAGUGCCUAAGUCUGGGGAUAAGGAUAGUGAGGCCUGUAUUAUUGGUCACCCAGCAGGAGGAGUAAAAAAAAUGGACCCCACAUUUAUCACUGCGAUCCAGAGGAGGGAACAGGCUGUUAAUGAUCAUUUACAUCUGUACAAAGACACUCUGUUCAUUGUCCAGUCAAUCACUGAACUGAUCACCCGUCAAGGCAUUGAAAACAUAAUGAUGGGUGGAAAUAAAGCAGACAGUGUGGUGACCUACAACACUUUCAUGUACCAUGGCUCCUCUGGCUCCCCAGUGUUUGAUGCUCUUGGCCGAGUUUUUGGUUUGCACAGCGCAGGAUAUACUUACGGGUUUCCACAACAUACAAAGAGUGUGAUAGAGUUCGCCCAUCCUCUGCUCACUAUAUUUGACAGGUUUGUGAGUAAUCUCAAAGAAAAGGGAGAUGAGAAACUGUUAGAGAAAGUUGAGGAGAAAGCAAAGAAAAACCAGUACUUAAAAGAGAUACUGGAGGCUGAUGAGCCAAUGGACACCAAUUAGGUAUUCAGAUCAGAGGCUCCUGUGUUUCACUGAUUUACUAUAGGCCCAAAUCAAACGUACCUUUUUUAGGAAAGAUAAUUGAAACGUUUUUUUUCUGCGAUUUAAUACUACAAAAACUAAAAAUACAAAAACAAUUUCCUCAAUGCCUUUUCUCCUAAGCACAGAGACCUUUUUUUAAAGAGAUCUGAGCAAUGACGUCAAAAAAAUCUGUUUUUGUAUCAUCACGUGCUGCAUUUGACUGAGUUGACUAAGAUCCCGAAGACAGGAACUGCUUUGUGUCAUUUGGUUAUUAUGAAUUAGAGCAAUUGGAUAAAAGCUCUCAGUGCCUCGAGAUGACCUCUGUUGUGAAUUGGCUUUUUGUCUGAAGAUUUUAUUAUUCUCAGCAGGCUGUGCUAUUGUAAUAGUGUCCUGACAGUUCUUAGUAAAACCUCAACCAGACAGCUGCAGCUCAUCCAGAAUGCUGAGUCUUUACAACACCAAGGAAGUGCAGCACAUUACUCUGGUCUUUAAAUCUCUGCUCUGGCUUCCUGUAUGUCAAAGGAAGGUUUCUAAAAGCCUACAAAUUACUGAGUUGUCUCUCCAGACUCCUCAUCAUCUGAGGUUUAGGUUCCCAGAAUCAAAACUAAACAUGAUGGAGUAGCUUUUACGUUCUAUCCUCCACACCUGUGGAGCAAGAUUCUUUUAAUGUCAAACAAUUUAUUUUCCAUUUUAAAUUGUCUUUUAAAUGCAAUUUAAUGAUGUUUUCCUUUGAUGCCUUAUUUUACUGUAUUUCUGUGCCUUUGAAUUACAUUAUGCCUGAGUGGUGCCUUAUGAAUAAAGUCGUCUC